AUGUCCACUUAUGAAGAAACCGAGUUGAACCUCUCUAAGAGCGGCAUACUCGAGGCUACCGCGGAAUACCGGGAUUUAAACGCGUUGGCCUGCCGGCUGGAGGUCAGGAAAGAUAUUCCUGGUGGACACGAGUGGAAACAAAGAGUCUUCUACUCCCAUGGGGUGUGUAUCGAAGCAUGCAAGGCGGCAGCGAAAGCACUGCCAAAAGCCAAAGUUGGUUACUGGGAGAAGUUCGGUGAGGUGUUGGAGUCGAAUUUCCACACGGUAAACAAAAUGUUCUGUCAGACCAUCCGCAGGCUCAGAGGUGAAAAGUAG